CACAAUGACGCGGUUUCGUGUGACUGCUUUUGAAAUAAAAAUAAUUGUUUUUUAAAAUUAUUUUAUUGGUAUAUCCAUAUGAUUUAAGAUAAACAAUUUUCUAUUGCGACAGAUGUAACUAAGCAGCAAUUACAUUUUUGAGACCGGUUGGGUAUUAAGUUCAAAAGGAUAAGUGCUAGCUGUGUAGCUAACUGACGCCAAAGAAAAAUUUCAAACCUGAUAUUUGACAAUAUUUUGCUCCUGGUUAAAGAAAGUUUGGUAGCUGGUGGGCUGAAGGACAGCAAAGCGAAGUUUAUUGGUUUUUGUUAACCAUCAUUGUAACCUGUUAACGACUGGGAUAUGCCCAACGCAACACAUAUGUUGUAUAUUUAUUCAGAUUUGAUUUGGGGAAAAGCACAGCAUUAUGGAUGACUCGGACCAAGAUUUUGUAGAUGUCUGCUCAAAGCCUCUUAAACGAGCUCGUAAGAAAGCAGAUGACUGCAAGCUGCCAAGGACAGGCGAACAUCAAAUUUCCAUGCAGACAAAGACUGGAGGCCAGAUGAGGAGAAACAAUGACCAGGAUGGUGGACCUCUUUCCAUGUGUGCUGCAGUUGUUGGUGAAACUUGUGCUGGGCUUGGAACAGAAAAAUCUAUUACUACAGGUAUUGGGACUAAUUCAGCAGAUGUUAUGUCGUCCAUUUCUACUCAUUCUAUGACUGAAACAGCUUUGGGUGCUAAAGAGAAAGUACUCCAAAGGAUGCAACAAUUCAACAGGACCAUUUUGCAGAAGAUUGUACACAAGGAGCCGGUAACACGACCUGAGAAUGACUGUAUUCCUCCAGUAAGUCAGCAAAUACAAGAUAGAUCAGAAGCCUGCCUCUCUGGCCUUCACUUGGGACCCCCUGACAGUGAUGAAGCUCUUGCUCUGCGGUUACAGCAGGAGCUGAACAGAGAAGCAGCAGAGAUCCAGGCAGUGAAUCUGGAGGAUGGAUGCCUCUUUUUCUGUCAUAUCUGCCAACGGGACCUGUCACACAUGACACCUGAGGGGCGUGCACAGCACCUCAACAGAUGUUUGGAUGAGACUGAAGACUGUCCACCAGCCUCCUCUCUACCUCCCCCUGGUGUUCCCGAAUGCCCAAUCUGUGGAAAAAGGUUUAAGUCCCUUAAGAGUCGCUUGGCCCACCUGAAACAAUGUUCCUCAGACAUGAGCAUCUCCCCAGCAGUGCUAUUGCAGGCACUGCAGAGACAGGCCAUGGAGACCCAGAGUAUCCCUGUUGCUCAUUCCAUUAGAAAGACUGGAACUAAAAGGAAAGGCACAUCCAAACCAGGACUCCCAGCAAAGAGGAAGACCAGAAAGAAGGCUGAGCCUCUGGAUGAUGACACAAUGAUGGCCCUGGCCCUGUCCUCCUCUUUAGUGGAAAAAGAGAGGGAAAGCAAGAUGGAGUUACAAAGGCAGAGUGCUGCCUUGCAUGGCUCAAUGGCUCCAGUGAUGAAUUUGAGGACAAAUGCAGGUAGGGGGUGUAGCAAGAGGAAAAAAGAUGGAGCCUGCCAUUCCCCUCCUCUUCUACUCAUUCAGGAUGCUGAGGCAGCCCUGACAAGGCUGCAGGAGCGGGUGUCUGCUCUCUUACUGUGCAGCCGAGCACCCUCUCCCCACACCCCAACCCGCUGUCCCAGCAUUCUACAGAUGAAAAAUAGUCCUGCUCCACUCUGGCAGAUGAGUGCGUUGCUAGAUAAUGGCACCACCUUGUUAUCCAGUUUUUACACUCCAGAGCUCCGAGAGUUCAUCACACCUUGGGAAUCUGCAAUGACAGAUGUAGCCUCCUCUGCAAGUAGUGACAACAAGCAAGUUGCUUCCGUCCAGCAUGUUGGAGGCGGAAGUUGUGUUACAGCAACUAGUUGUGCCCCUUUUAUGCGGUCUUCCCAACUUGCGUCCUCCAUAACAUCUCCUGUCUCAGGGACAGGACAGGACAGCAGUCAGGCUCUCAGAGACCUGAUGGAGCUGGCUGAAGAUGGCAUGACCCUCACACAGUGUGCCAACAUUAACUCUGGAACUGGGAAAGACAAACAAAAAAACAGUCACCACACAAACCUCCUUCUCAGUGGUUUCAUUCUGGAGGAGCCAGGUGAGCAAGCUGAUCUCUGUGUGAGUGGCUUCCUACCAGAAACAACAGGCACACACUGUGCGAACACCCACAGCCAAAAAAUCAGGAGUGAGCAGUCAGGCGCAGGUGAAGAACGAGUCCACUACCAACAAGUGGCACUGUCCAGAUUGUCAUCAGACCUGAGUAGCAUGGUGAACAACCCUCACCUCAGUGAUGUACAGCUCCAGGUGGACAGCGGGGACGUCUACUUUGCCCAUUCUUUUAUGAUGUAUGCUCGCUGCCCCCUGCUGUCUGAAAUGGUACAUGAAAGUGGUUUUGGGGUGAAGGAGGACGGCAUGCCUGCAGCACAAAGAGUGCUUGUGAACGAUGUCCCCGGACAGGCGGUGUUUGCGCUGCUUCAGUAUCUGUACACAGCUCGCUGUUCCAUCCCAGUCUCACUUCAGCAUCAUGUAAUGGAACUGGCAUGCAGAUUUGACUUGCAAGAGCUACAGCAGCUUUGUCAGCUGCAAGUCGAGGAGGACAGCACUCUGGGUUAUCGUGCAGAUGACAUGACCAAGGAGAAGCAGGCCAUUGGUCAAACAGACCAGGUUUUCCUGGAGCUUCUUCGCUCAAUGUGGAAUGAAGAAGAUGAAGACAAGACAGAUGGUGAUGGUGGAACAGGUGCUGAGGAAGUGCUCGAAGAAAGAAGUCAAAUUGAUGAUCUCACAUCAGCUGAUAGAGAAAUAUGUGAGGAACAAGUGAAUGAGGAAGAACUGGAGGAAAUUUAUGAGUUUGCUGCCACACAGAGAAAAAAGAAGGAUGAGAAAGACAGCAUCAGUGAGGAAGAGAAGAGAGUAGUUGAGAAAGAAGAUGGAGACCUGGAUAUGGAAUACCAGGUGUUCACAAAUCGACUAGAGUCAAAUCCUGGUCUGGAGUGUAGUUCCAGCCACUUCUCUUCAGACUCUGAGAGGGAAUACAAGGAUGAAGACCCUUCUUCUUCCUGCACAGCUACAACAGACACAACACAGUCUCAUCAUUACCAGUCCCCUCAAAGACCUUUGACUGGACAGUUUGGCAGAACUUUGUUUCAGUCCUCUGAUGGUGCAGUAGAUGACCUUUCCUGCAGCUCUCCACAUAGUGCAUUCAACCUGCCUGCCCCAGGCCUGUCACCUGGACAGGAGAGUGAUUGGGGGAGCAGCAGAGAUAAGGGAACAGAUGCAGACCCUGUUAAACAGUUUUCUGAAGAUUGUGAUCAUUCUAGAGAGAGAUAUCGGACAUUAAAACUAGACAACCACAGUCCCCAGAGUGUUUGUGCCCCCUGUUCUCCUUGUUUACAUCAAAGCAUAAAGGAACCUGAACUUAUAGUUUUGUCUGAUUCAAGUGAAGAGAUGGAGUUAGACGAUGCUGUUCUUAGUUCCCAUAGUCCUUUGCCACAUCCUACUUGUGUCAUCCAGAAUGCAGAGAGCUUCACCCAUAUCAGACCUCAUCCAGUACCAGAACAUGUUGAGUUCCAUACAGAGAAUAAAAUAUCCACUAGUUUUGAGUUUAUUCCUGAUUCUCCAACUCAAAUUCUGAGUCAUAACCAACAAGGGUCCAGAGUUCAUACAAGUACAGAUGACUGCUCUCCAGAAGUAUCUUGGCUGGUCCCAUCCACACCAGUUCAGUCCAAGAGGUCAGAGCUUAAUAUCAGAUGCACCUCCGCUCAGACAAAAAGUGGUAUGUGCAGGACACAGCUGUUCCCAAAAGUUGAUACUUCAUCAAACUUAGCCACAUCUCCCACAUCACCAUUUAAAAAUGCUUAUGAGAGAAUUUGCGCAUCCAGCAGUCCAACUAGAGUUUCUGUUGACAUUGCUUUGACAGAGGGCAGUGUUUCCAGGCUGAAAUCGGAAAGCACAGGUUCCUGUAGCUCCAGCUUGGGUGUCAAAUUUUCUCCAAAAAGAACUCAUAGUUGUAACAAAAAUAAUGAUAAAGAAGUGGACUUUCCAAUAUUUACAGUGCCACCAAGACAGCUUAAGCAGUCUGAACAGUCAAAAUUGACUCAACUUCAUCCCCUCAGUCUCCAGCAAAUUGAUCAAAAGUCAAAAACUCCUCUUCACGCUCUCCUACAGCCUUCCAGCAGCACACCCUUGCAACCCAACAAAAACCCUGUCCUGCAUUCAUCCUCAGUACAUUACAGGGGCCCCCAUAAGCAGAAUCCAACAAGUCAAUCAGGGGAACCAGAUCUUUUUGAAAGCCCAGAGAAGACAGAGUUGGGAAAGUUUAAUCUCUCACACCUGUCUAAACCCUCACACUCACCCUCUUCUUGUCAAAGAAGUCUCGAAAGGUCACCAAGUUGCAGUAAGCUCUCAAGUCAGAGUCACCCUUCUGUUAAUUGCAGUGUUCAUAACACAGGAAUGAAACAAAAUAAGAGGAAUACAAAUGGUGCAAUGGCUGUAACAAAUGGAGAAAGGGAAGGAGAGGUAGAGUGUGAAGACAACAGCCUAGGUUUUGAAAGACAACAGAGAGAGAUAUUAACCGAAGUGGAAGGGACACAAACUGUCAGUUUCCAACAAAGCUUUGUGACUGUGGACGAGCCUCCCAUGGCUUUCAAUGACUCAUGGGGCUUUGAUGUCUCUGUAGACUUGCAAGAAAAUCCAAAUUGUUGUUUCAGUCUGAGGCUUGAGGACAGUGGGGAAUCCAGUAGACAAGAAAGCAGCUUGGGGCAAGAAAAAACAGCCAGGAUGUCCACCACUGCUGUCUGUCCACCACAAUGCAGCCUGGGUGGUCGAAUAUCUUCUCCAACCAAAGAUUACAUGACACAACCGUUCAGUAACCUCUCUUGUGUAUCUAAAAAUGACAUCUAUAAAGCCACCUCUUUAACUCUAUCACUGCCUAAGCCCAGUACCCCUCUCACGUCUGAGAUAAGUAACAGCUUUCUGAACUCCAAAAUAUGGGACAGUUGGGAGGAAGAGGAGGCGUUUCUUCCUCUCUCACAGAGAGUGUGCCCAUCUGCUCAACUCAAAACUCCAGCAUCAUCCCACAGAAGGUGUGGCUCUCUGGUGCCCAUCACUCCAAUGCCCUGCUAUUCUGAUAUGGACACACCAGAGCUCAAGAACAAACUCGACAGGUUUGGUGUUCGGCCUUUACCAAAGCGCCAAAUGAUUCUUAAACUGAAAGAGAUCCACCAGUACACCCAUCAGUUGGCCAGCUCUGACUCUGAGGGUGAGAAAGAGGUGGUGGGUUGUCCUGUCGAGGCAAACUCUCCUCUAGCCAGUUCAGCUUCCUCUGGUCACAAGCCAGUGUCAUUUGCUGAGGCAGAGACAUUCAAACGGCCGCAAGUGGCCCCUGACCUCUCCCCUCUGAAACGCAACAGACAAGAGACUGCAGAGGUGCUGUCAUCAUCACAGGGCUCAAACACCUCCUCACCUGCAGCCAGUGGUUAUGAAAGGCCCAAUCCAGAGCUGUGCCUCUCUUCUGAUGGCAAUUCAGAUAGUGAUGACAUCAUCUCAGCUUCACAGGCUGCAUCCCGCCUCCAGGAUCGCCUCCAACUAGUGCGGUCUUUCAUCAUCUCGGACCCGGGACUGUACAGCCGGAUCCUCCAAUAUCAGCCACUUGUCCUGUCACAACUCCAGGAACAGCUCAAGGCGGCUGGAAUCCAUCUCGGUGCUGCCAAGUUAGUAGAUUACCUGGACUCCCAGUGCAUCACUUUCACCACUGCCAAGCCAAGCCACGCUGUACCAAGCCGUAGGCGUGGCAACAGGACAGGCAAGCGAGCAAAGGUAGUAACCAAGAAAAGAGGUGCCACAGCAACCUCAGUUGCCCAAAAGGUUUAGGUUGGGUUUGUUUAGCCCUGAACAUUUAUCUGAAACUACAUUUUCAAACAAGAAGGCUGAAAGCUAAAAGCUAUGAUAAAUUGUCAAUUUUUUAAAGAUCG